UUGAGCGAGCGGGCGGAGUCCUGAAGGGUUGCGGGACCUGCGCACGAUGAAACCCGAAGGGGAGCGGCCGACGGUCGGGGUUGCGUGCGAUGGCUUCUCAGAGCUGGAGCUGCUGAAACUGCGCGCGGCGGAGCGCAUCGACGAGGCGGCAGAGCGGCUGGGGGCCCUGAGCCAAGCCAUCUGGAGCGAGCCUGAGCUGGCCUACGAGGAACACCGUGCCCACCGUGUGCUGACGGGCUUCUUCGAGCAGGAGCCGCCGGCCGCCUCCUGGGUGGUGCAGCAGCACUAUCAGCUGCCGACCGCCUUUCGCGCAGAAUGGGAGACACCGAGCGCCACGCGGUGCGCGCUGCACUUGGGCUUCCUCUGCGAGUACGACGCGCUGCCCGGCAUCGGCCACGCCUGCGGUCACAACCUCAUAGCCGAGGUUGGGGCGGCGGCCGCUCUGGGAUUGAGGGGGGCCCUAGAGAGCCUCCCUGGGCCUCCUCCCUCGGUGAAGAUAAGUGUCCUGGGAACCCCUGCAGAAGAAGAUGGUGGAGGCAAAAUUGAUCUAAUUGAAGCAGGAGCUUUUAAAAACCUCGAUGUUGUUUUCAUGGCCCACCCAUCCCAAGAAAAUGCUGCUUAUCUACCCGAUGUGGCCGAACAUGAUGUGACUGUGAAAUACUACGGAAAAGCAUCUCAUGCUGCUGCUUACCCCUGGGAAGGAGUCAAUGCCUUAGAUGCUGCUGUUCUUGCCUACAACAAUUUGUCUGUGUUAAGACAGCAAAUGAAACCAACCUGGAGAGUUCAUGGUAUAAUAAAAAAUGGUGGUGUAAAACCAAAUAUCAUUCCCUCUUACUCUGAAUUAAUUUAUUACUUCCGUGCACCCUCAUUGAAAGAACUUCAAGUUUUGACCAAAAAGGCAGAAGAUUGCUUCAGAUCUGCAGCUUUGGCUACAGGGUGCACAGUAGAAAUUAAAGGUGGAGCACAUGAUUAUUACAAUGUUCUACCCAACAAGAGCCUAUGGAAAGCUUACAUGGAGAAUGGAGAAAAGCUGGGAAUAGAGUUCAUUUCAGAAGAUACAAUGCUGAAUGACACUUCAGGAUCUACCGAUUUUGGAAAUGUUUCUUUUGUGGUCCCUGGAAUUCAUCCAUAUUUUUACAUUGGAUCCAACGCCUUGAAUCAUACUGAAGAGUACACUAAAGCUGCAGGAUCACAAGAAGCUCAGUUCUACACUUUGCGAACAGCCAAGGCUCUAGCAAUGACUGCAUUGGAUGUUAUUUUUAAACCAGAAUUGCUGGAAAGAAUUAGAGAGGACUUUAAAUUGAAACUUCAGGAAGAACAAUUUUUAAAUACAGUAGAAUAAAAAGGAGACUUAGGAGUGGUUUAUGAAUCAUUAAGAAGUGAUGAUUUUUUUUCUUUAAUCUUUUUUAAUGAAGAGAACAUGCUUGUUUUUAAUCUUAAAGGAGUCAAAUUCUCCUUACCUGAUAUGUAAGAACA